ACACCUGUCUUCUACAGUGGUAUCACCAAGAUGCGCCAUGACGUUAAGCGCGCCAGUCCAACAAGAACACACCGCUUCAUCCUUAGUUUGCGUGAUGCUGGAAAGCUGGUUCGGGACUAUACCCAGAACAUCGACUGCCUUGAAGAGAAGGUUGGCCUGUCUACCGAUUUGCGAAAGGGUCCUGGAAGUCUAUCUCGGUUCUGCAGGAAAUACCAGUCAAGAGAUGUCCGAGGCCACCACCGAGUCGACUACGAGCCACGACUCCAAGAGACUAACAGAGGCAUCGAAUGUGUUCUCCUCCAUGGAUCUCUCCGCCGUUUGCGAUGCUCCAACUGUUUUAUCACAUGUUGCUGGGACGAGUGUGGCCGAGAAGCCAAAACCCUGGCAGGACAGGAACUUCCGUGCCCCGGCUGUGCCGAGAUAUCCGAAGCCAGAACGGCAGCCGGGAAACGCGCAACCGCAAUCGGAAAACUUCGACCGGAUAUCGUGCUUUACAGUAAACAGGACCCGUGGGCUGGCUCGAUCUCUGUCACCACACCACUUCACCUAUUCCAGCGCCUAGACAUCCUUCUUAUUACGGGCACGAGUCUUGCAACGCACAGGGUCAAGCACCUAGUGAAGGACUUUGCGAAGAUCAUUCACAAACAGGCUGGAAAAGCGGUAUUGUGA